UGUAGUUCCCGCCCAGCGCGACAUGGCGGCGGCGCGGGGCCCGGCGGCCCUCGGCGCGCUGCGUCUCCUCGCCCUGCUUCUCCUCCCCCUGCUUCUCCUCGCCGCCGCCGCUGCUCAGGGCAGCAAAUACUCUCGGGAGGCGAACGAGGGGUUGGCGGGCAAGGGCGCCAAGCGGCGGGAGGCCGGGGAGUUCCGAGUGUUGAGGCUGAACCAGGUCUGGGAGAAGGCGCAGCGGCUCCAUCUCUCUGCUGUGAAACUGGCAGAGCUGCACAGUGAUCUAAAAAUACAAGAAAAGGAUGAGCUAAGCUGGAAAAAACUGAAGGCUGAAGGACUAGAUGAAGAUGGAGAGAAGGAAGCCAAACUCAGACGCAACUUACAUGUCAUUAUGACUAAAUAUGGAAUGGAUGGAAAGAAGGAUUCUCAACUAGUUGAUACCAACUACAUCAAAGACGGUACAGAAAGUGAUACACUAGAUGAUCCAAGACUGGAAAAAUUAUGGAGCAAGGCCAAGACCUCUGGGAAGUUCUCUGAUGAGGAGCUGGAUAAGCUAUGGCGAGAGUUUAAGCACCACAAAGAAAAGAUUCAUGAAUACAAUAUUCUGCUGGAGACCGUGAGCAGAACAGAAGAUAUCCACAAAAAUGUUAUCAACCCAUCUGAAGAGAACGUGGUAAAAGAGGAAAUCUUGCACAAUAAACACAGAGAACUCAAAGACAAGCUAAGAAGCAUCAAUCAGGGGUUUGAGCGUUUGCGUAAAGUCAGUCACCAGGGAUAUGAUACAACUAGUGAAUUUGAAGAACCAAGAGUGAUUGACUUGUGGGACAUGGCCAAAUCAGCCAAUUUCACUGAGAAAGAACUUGAAUCUUUUCGGGAGGAGCUGAAGCACUUUGAAGCAAAAAUUGAAAAACACCAUCACUAUCAGAAACAAUUAGAGAUUUCACAUGAGAAACUGAAGCAUAUAGAGGGAACUGGAGAUAAGGAUCAUCUGAACAGAAACAGAGAGAAAUAUGCCAUGCUGGAAGAAAAGACAAAAGAACUGGGAUAUAAGGUAAAGAAGCACUUGCAGGACUUGUCCAGCAGAAUUUCUCAAGGUCUUCAACACAAUGAAUUAUAAAAUUUUGUUCUACUUCAUGGGAUCAGUCUAUUAACACAAAAGAGAUAAUGUGUUUUUUGAGGAGGAUUUACCAAGGACUCCUUCUGAAAUGGAAAGGAUUGAACUGAGUUUUACUGUAAGAAAUUUUUUUUUGGUCCAUUUAAUUGCCAGUUUUGUAUUUGCACUAUCAAAUUAAAUUAUUAGAUUAUAAAUUUAAGUUACACGUUUGAUCAUCUAAAUCUUACAUCUGAAUCAAGUAGCAGCCUUUGAAAUGAGCAGUCAUGUUAGAAGGGAAAACUUGUGAACUUGCAGAGGAUUCCUUCUAGUAGGUAACAUAUUAAUUCAGAUCAAUGAAAGUAAAUACUGUGGUACAGGAAGUUAAAACAGGCCAGAAAAGGCUUUUAUUUCAGUGCCUGGCCUCGUACAUUUCCUACUGAAGGUAACAAAAAUAUUUCUACUGACUGAGCAGUGGCACAGAUCUGCGCUGUCUAUGAAUCUUUCAUGUGAGGAGGGGGGGAAGAGUAAGGAGGGAACAAGUAUUGAGGUCAGUUCACACAAUUUAGUUACAGACUAACACAUCUGAAGUUGCUGGAUGUAUAUGUACAAUUAUCUUGUUCAUGGUUGCUGGGUUUUGUUACAUUUAGUCAUUAAAAAAAAUCCAAACAAA